AUGAUGGACAGGAACUACCCGGCGACCCCCAGCUACCCCGACCCGCUGGCUUCGGUCGCCGCCGCCGCCGCGUCCUCGCCGCCGCCCUCCGCCUGGGCCUACGAGCGGGGCGCCAGCAGCCUCAAGGCCAGGUAAGGAGGGUCCGCUCUGCAGCCGGCGGCUCGCCUGCUGCGGGGGCUGCGCCAGGAAAGGCCGGGGAUUGGGACGAGGCCUCCGGUGCCCCUCGCGCCCGCGGGGCGUGCCCGCCGCUCCUCGAAGCGGCGGAGGCGCCGGCGCUUGGGGAGGCUUCCCUCCUCCCGAAAGGAGAAAGCGGCGGCCGGCAGCCCUUCUCCGGCGCUGCGGGGGCCCAGGGCGCCGUGGGGGUUUGGAGACGGGUGUCGCGAGGGGAAGGAGGCUGGGAAGGCGAGCAAAUAAGGGGCAAUAAGAGCCGGUGGAGGGCGAGGAAGGCGGCUCCGUGGUGUAGGAGAGGGCCGGGCGGGGGGCGCGAGGGUGAUUCGGGGCUGCCAUGCAAUCCCCAAGCCACGCUUCUCAUUUUCUCUCUUCUAUAAAAUCACGCUUUCUGCAACUUGGAGCGUUUUUUCUUCCUUCCCCAUCGGCGUGGGAAGCGGGAAGCCACGCAUUCCAAAAUUAGUCCUCCUUUUCCCUUCACCCCCUCCCCCAUUAAAGUACAUUUAAACUACUAAGAAAGCGGGGAAAGUUGCCCUGCUUUUCGUCUCCUGCUCCCAAGGGGUGUGUGUGUGUGCGCGCGCGUGUUCACCAGGCAUGUUGGAGUUCAAGAGUUCGUGUUUACUUUUUACGUUGCCUAGGGGAAGCCCAUCUCAUACUGUAUCAACUUUUUGUGUGUGUCGUCUUUGAGAUCUUUGGAGGAAAGUGGGGAAGGCUCCCCCACCCCCAUAUGUAUACAGUCAAUCCUAGUGGGCAGAGCGAGGCUUUAAAGGUGUGGCGCAAUUUGUUAAACGGCACAGUUUACAGAGGGAAGGAGUGUGAAGAACAAUACCGUGUGCUUUGGAGGUUGAAAGCGCAGAGUUGGCAAUUGGGGAUGGGCAUUUCUAACUCUGGAUGAUCUCAUCUUAAGCCACCAGAGUGUGUUUUGGGUUCAUCUCAUGGCUUCCCAGCAUCCUCGCAUCAUUUAGAUUUUAUUACGUUAUCUAUUGUUUUACUAUAGAUAAAGGGUUAUGGAUGUUCUGACUCUUUAUGCUGAAACUUGCCCAAGAGCAUAAAAUCCCCAGGGGUUUAACGGAGUAAAGCGUGGAAUAAUGAAUGUGAUCCUUUUAUAUUUCCUUUUGUAUUGCUUUUUCAUACAUGCUGGCAAAGGUGCUUUUACCAUGCUGUGAGUAUAGUAGCUUGCCCUACGAUAUAUAUUUUUAAAUGUAGGUUUAACUGUAUAUUUAAGCAACUUGUGCUUCUUAAAACAAGUGAGGGAUUUUGCAUGUUGAACCUGAAAUCCGGAUGGGUGAUGGUAUGGAACCGGUAGGACCUGCAACAAAAUGUUGCAGUGGAUCUCUGAGCUGGAACAACAGUGGGAGAAAUUGGUAUCUCCACCAACCAAUCUUAAUUUAUAUUAGCUUUUAUAUUUUGAUGACUUCAACCAAUUUUGAUUCAUUAAGCAAAUUUAUAGACAGCUCUUUAACAUUGACCGAGGAGCAGUCAUCCAGGUGCCUCCCCCAAUAAUCCUUUAGUUUGUUUUAACUUAGAUGUAAGAGAUUUUUUAAGAAAGUGCUGUAAUUAAAAACCAUGCUCAUAGGCGAAAUCAAAAUAGGUGUGUGAUGCUUUAGCCCAUGAGGAGAACAAGGAAAUCUUAUUUGCUGGCAGUCAGGCUUUGAUAAGCUUGCAAAGCUUGAUAAUUCCCUGCCUUGCAAGUCAGUCCAAGCCUGCUCACCAGCAAACUAAGAGGAGAGUGGGAGAAUGUGAACAGAGGAAGCUGCCUUACACCUGCUCAGGCCAUUGGUCCACCUAGCUCAGUUUUGUCUACACUGAUGGGCAGUGGCUCUCCUGGAUUUCACACAGGCUUCUCUCCCAGUCAUACCUGGAGAUUAAACCUGGGACUUUCUGUGUCCAAAGCAGAUGCUCUACUAUUAAACUACAGUGGUACCUCGGGUUACAUACACUUCAGGUUACAUACGCUUCAGGUUACAGACUCCACUAACCCAGAAAUAGUACCUCGGGUUAAGAACUUUGCUUCAGGAUGAGAACAGAAAUCAUGCUCCGGCGGUGCGGCGGCAGCAGGAGGCCCCAUUAGCUAAAGUGGUGCUUCAGGUUAAGAACAGUUUCAGGUUAAGUGCGGACCUCCGGAACGAAUUAAGUACGUAACCCGAGGUACCACUGUACAGCCUUUCCCCACAAGAGAAUUUUCAUUGUUGAUGGCCAGGCUCAAAAGAUCAUGGAGAUGGUAAAAGCUGAUGAGUUAAAAGUUGGCAAGUGCUUUGUCAUGUGCUGCAUGCUUUUUCUCAUCAGGGGCUCUCACUCGCUCCCAUAGCCAGGACCAUGUAAUAACUCUUCUUUAAGUCGCUUGCCUGAUGAUAGGUAAGGACAAAUUGAGGGGAAAAUAUGUACAGAUUUCUUGCUUCAAGGGCCCCAAAGCGGAAGGGUAACUGAGCAGGGGUGUUAGGGGAGGGGUAGUACCUAUGGUGGGGGACAUGUUGUGUUCCUUCUGGGGAGGUUUGUCCACCUUUGAUCCCUAUCCUGCACUCAGCUCUCACCUGUGGCUCCCAGAAGCUGUCGGCAGGCGAUAGCAGCCACACCAGGGACGCGCUUCGACUGGCCGGAUAAACCAAGUGAGGGGUAGCUGAUGGAUCUCAAACCCUUUGUGAGUUAGAGGCUUUCCCACAUGUGAAGACAGGCUCAUGUGGAUUGAGCGGAUGAGACCAAUAGUGGGUCUGAUGGUCAAGAAGUUGUUUUCUGCACAUGCUGCAUGUGAGUGGCAGAUGGGGCCUGUCAACCUCGGAAGGUAGCCCAUCUUAGAGAAGGAAAACUCUGGUCCUAAACUUAUGGUUACGGGGUCUUUUCAGGAGAAUAAAAGGCUAAGGAGUAAAACCCUGCAAAAAAAACCUGGAGUAUUUGCUCUGCUUUCCUUUGGCGGACCACAUCAGCAAGGCCGAGAAUGGGGUCUUGUCAUCUGAGCAGCCCAAGACCUCCAUACACAUACAAGGCUUUUGCCCUUUGGAGGUCACUUCAGUCCUGCUAACACAGCAGUUUUACUUCGCCCCCAGAAGCACACUCCAUUGUCUCUUGAGACAGAUAGAUGCCAACAAAGCUGUAUUCAUGUAGCCUACAUUCCAUAACAUGAGGGCAAUGCACUGAUGCAGUCCUCUGUCCCCUUUUGAGGAGGAUUUCACCUUUUGGGGAAGGAAAUGUGUGUUUGCAUAUAUUCUGGCUUGCUCAUGGUCCUGUUUUGCCUUCAACAGUAAGCAUGGGGCCAGCAUCUUUGCAGUUAUAGGGAGCAAGUGGGACACCACAAAAAAUGUAGUAUAUUUUCGGCUCUUAAGAGAAGUGCUCCUGUUCAAGGAACCACCCAAGCUGGACCAUGUAGCACUAUUCAGACCUCUAGGGAGGAAGGUCAUCUUGCCCCUCAUGUCUUCCCAUGCUUGCUAUAUGGUGUUAAGGGAGCUCAGUUUUGGGGUUGAUUGGUAGCUCCAACCCUAAGCAUUUUACUGUCUUAUGAAGGAGGUGAGUGGUUCUGGAUAACAUUCUUUUAUUCCAUCUGAAUCCUGUACAGCCCAAUUCCAUGCAAUUCCAUAACCUUCUAUAAGCAGCAUGAGACGUGAACAAUUUCUCCCCGCUUUUUCAUUUCCCCCUUCGCCCCAACAUUCUAUGUCUCUUCUGGUUUACUAAUACAAUCUGCCUAGCUUUUGCUUCCAUUAGGCCAAUUUUUCAUUCUCUGGAGUAAAGUGGCUGCAGUUCAUAAAAGAGGGUAGAGAAAUCUAGGAUUUUAGCAUAGGUGUGAUUGCCUGCCAGCCUCCCACCCCUCAAAAAAUAACAUGUGACAACAAAUAUAGGAGUUCUUGCUUGUAGAGUUCAAAGUGAACACAGAGGUUGCCUUUCCAGAGAGAGAAGUUAUUCUAUAUUUUAUUUCCUCUAUUUCCUCAGUGUUCUGUAGGUCACAUGUAGUGAUGUUAAAUUCUCGAGAAUAUUCUUUUGAUUCCUCAAACAUCUUAAGAGGAUAAGUCACCAUCUUCGUCUCCCCUGGUAACAGAGCUUUCAGUUCCACACUGAUCAUCUGAGAGAUCAUAAAACAAAGUUGAUGGUUGUGUAAAAUUCAAUGAGCUUGUUAGAAGCUGUGUUUUCUUCUCUUCUAGGAGUUUUAAGUUAUGAACUACAUAUGUAAGCUUUCCUGCUCUGUCUAUAGUAAGCCUAUUCCUUUUUGCUGAAUGAAUAAGUCCAUAACUACUGAAGCUACGUUCUGUUGCAGCUGUCGUUUGUGGCAUAUUUAUCGUAUUUUUCGCUCUAUAGGAUGCACCAGACCAUAGGAGGGGGAGAACGGGGGGGAUUUUUUUUCUUGCUCUCCCCCUCUAAAACAAGGUGUGUUCAAGGUGCAUUCACCCAAAGCCUCCGGAGUUCCCGCUGCGCUCUGGAGGCUUCAGGCGGCUACCAUCCCCAAGAUAGAACAGCGAGACCGGCUUCAGGGACAGCCUUUCUAGCCUCCACAAGGCACCGGGGUGAAGGCACCCUGCUGUCCUGCAGAGGCUUUGCUCGCAGCCAUCCCCAAGCUAGAAGAGCGAGACAGAGCGCUCCGCAGCACUCCGUCUCCCUGUUCUGGCUUUGGGCUUAGCCGCGCAGUCUGCAUUCGCUCUAUAGGACGCACACACUUUUCCCCUUAAUUUUUGGAGGGGAAAAAGUGCGUCCUAUAGAGCGAAAAAUACGGUAAAAUGUCCACAGCCACUCUGCUAAGCAUUGAACCAAAGCAUGGUCCCUUCCACCAAACCACUGUAUCCACUUUUUCAACCGACUUCAAUACAUAUGACUUGCUAAAAAAAAAAUCUUCUUUAGCACAAUAUACUGCCAGCUCUGCCAAAAUAUCUUGUGCAUCAUUUGGUGCACUUGCUGAUAUUUUGAGAUCAAUGAACUCAGUACCUUGAAUUUGUUCAUUUCGUGAUAAAUGAACGCCAUUAUACUUUAGAUCAAGGAUAUUUGCAGCAAAGUGAAUUGGCCUCAAUGCCAUUUCUUUCCUUUUCUUUUCUUAACUACCUCUUUCAUCUAUUUCUCUUCUUGCUUUAUAAGGGGGCUCAAAGGCAUCACUUUUCAAAGUGAUCUUCUAGUUCUUUAAAUGACUCAACCACCCAACCUCAAACCACCUUGGUGUGUCCGAUUCUAAUAACAUUAUCCAUUUCACUAUUGGAGCAAUAAGGUCAUAUUUUAUUCUUCCGUUAGAACGUGUACAUGUUAUUGGACAAGUCAAAAAAUGCAAUUGGCAUGUUAAGGUUUGAUACAAGUAAAUUCAGUAAUAUCACAGCUUGACUUAUUAUUUACUAGAUUUUUUAAAUGUGGGUGGUAAAACUGGUUCUUGCAUUAGAAUUUAGUUUGCGGAGAAUAUUCUCCGAGAGAAUUUUCUAGCAGAGAAUAUUCUCAAGACUAUUCUCAUUCUCGAGAAUAUUCUCACCUCACAUUACUAGUCACAUGACUGUCAAAAUUCUUUUAAUACAAGCACCUCCCCACUUACUUUGGGUUUACAUUCCAACCCCCCUCCAUAAGUGAAGUCAUGUAAGAGGGGAGCACUGUCUAAACACCUUUUAAAUGCUCCCUCUGCCACUCUCUCCAAUCCAGAUCAAAAAUACUGUACCAAAAAUACCCGCAACUGGAAUUGAAACUUUUUUUAUACACACUGGAAGCCGCCCAAAGUGGCUGGGGAAACACAGUCAGAUGGGUGGGGUACAAAUCAUUAUUAUUAUUAUUAUUAUUAUUAUUAAGCUCUGGGGCCGGAUGGAGGAUGCAUAGAAAAGCAGCAGCAGCAGCAGCGCUACCCCCCCCAGCUGUUAAGUGGGGAGGCUGAGCAGCGUAAACAAAACAAAGCCCCACUGCGCCUCUGGUCUCUGUGGGGCUUCCUCUGCCCUCACUGACAUCCACUUUGGGCUCCAGGUGGGGUCUCCAUGAGAGCCAUGAGGACUCUCCAGCUCUCUCAUUUCUGGGUAUGAAUUGAAUUAUUUAUUUAUUUUCCAUGGCCACAUGCGAGUAGAAUGUGCAUAAGUGUGUGGGGGGGGUGCCUGUAUAUAUAUUCAUAUGCUAAUAUGUAGCAAGGAAGUCCUGUAAGUACAUACAAAUCGCUAUUUUGGGGUGAUCCUGUGUCAUAUUAAAACUGAUAGAGAGUUGACUACCUGAGCUCCUUAUUAAGAGGGGGGAAAGUGUGACCUGCAACAAGAUGUUAUAAGAUACUUUCCUGUCCUAAUAGGAUCAGUCCAUUUUAUGGGCUGGCCAUGCCCUCUUAUAGCAAGUUGUUCCAUUUGCCCCUACCCUGGUUUUUGCAUUGCCCCUGGUUUUCCAUUUUUUGUUUUCCAGGUAAGAGUCAACAUUCAUGGCUACUGCGUAUGGUUGUGUUUUUUAAGCUGGUUUAUUUGUGGGUGGGGGGUGCACCUCUUAGGUAUUGUUGAUGUUUUAUUAUACUUUUUAUACCUUGGGAAAUCCGCUAAGCAUUCUUUAAAAAUAGAAUAAACCAAUUUAUUAUUAUUAUUAUUAUUAUUAUUAUAUUUAGGGACACGGGUGGCGCUGUGGGUUAAACUACAGAGCCUAGGGCUUGCCGAUCAGAAGGUCUGCGGUUCGAUGGGGUGAGCUCCUGUUGCUUGGUCCCUGCUCCUGCCCACCUAGCAGUUUGAAAGCACAUCAAAGUGCAAGUAGAUAAAUAGGUACCCCUCCGGCGGGAAGGUAAACGGCGUUUCCGUGCGCUGCUCUGGUUUUUCCAGAAGCAGCUUAGUCAGCUCUGGUUCACCAGAAGUGGCUUAGUCAUGCUGGCCAUAUGACCCGGAAGCUGUAUGCUGGCUCCCUCGGCCAAUAAAGCGAGAUGAGCGCCGCAACCCCCGAGUCGUUCACAACUGGACUUAACUAUCAGGGGUCCUUUAACUUUACCUUUAAACUAAUAUUUAGAAGAACAAGUCUUGCUGAAGGAGAACCAGCAUUGCUUCUGCAAGGGUGAUUCCUGUCUCACUGACCUUUCAAGAGUUCUUUUGAAAAUGUCAACAAACCUAUAGAAAGAGGUGAUCCAGGCAGCAUUGUAUUCUUACACUUUAAAAAACUUUUAAUUAAGUCCUUCACCAAAGACACCUGAGAAAGCUUAGCAUUCAUGGGCAGGUCCCAUUUUAGAAGGGAGUGAUGAUGUUGAUGAGAAGCAGCUGUGAUUUGGCUGCAGAGAGUAACUAGGAGAUAAUCAGAUCUGGGUGGGGUUUUGGUUUUUUGCAAAUCAGCUGUGGAGAAUGUGCUUCAAAUUUAAAGUAGUUUGACUUUCUUUAAUCUAGAUGACAGAGGUGUACAUUAUGAGAGCUGACAAUUCAAUGAAAUACUGGUUUGUUUACACAGAAGACAAUAUUUACUUCCUGUGUAUCCAAAUAUAUCACAUGUGGUGAACAUUACUACCUGUUGUGCCCUGAGAUAAUAGAGCAUUUUAGUAGCUGCCUACUACUGUUUGCACUGUACUAUUCAUGUACAUAAGAUUGGGCUUAAGAGUCCUAUCAGCAACACAAGAUGUGGUCACAAUUUGAUACUUAUGCUGAUAUUAAAAUAACAUCAAACCUCCGGGUGGAUGCAGCAGGCACCAUAAGCAUUUCCUCAAAGCUCUGUGUGGCAGAUACAGGGUCUGGUGCCACAUUGAGGUUACCUGUGUGCUGUUACUUGCCCUUAAAGAGUAAGACAUCCUAAGGGCUGCGGAGACAUCCUAAGACAUCCUGGGGAUUUUUUCCUUGGCUUUUUAGUGGUAUUGAUAGUAGCAGACAGAAAUGGUUCUGCUCUACUUACUAAGCGUAGAAUCUAGAUCUCUAAGUAUAAUGCAAAUUACCAUUUGUGCAGUAUGGUUGGGACUGCAAGAUAAGUAAAUGUUUGUUUUUUUCUGUCACUCAAGAUAUGCUUUGCAGACAGAGAUGUCUGUUAAAAAAAAGUACAGUGGGCGUCAUUUAUAGCUUUGCUUGGCAGAUUUUGAAAUCUAGUAUCCAAAAGACAGAGAAAACAGACUUGAUCAUGCAAGAUCCUGUGGAUGAUGAGAUUUGAAGUGCUGUUUCUUCAUAUGAAUGACAAUGGAGCAGAGUCAAAUGUCACCAGAAAUCUUGGUUUUGUUUGUUUUUUGAGCAAGCUAAUACAUCUGUUUGUUCUUUUUUAUAAAAAAAGCCAAUGCUUUUGGAUGCAUGACUUCUACAGAUUCUGUCUUCUUAGUUCUCUUAUUUACGUAUGUUCUAGCAAUUUCACAUCCCAUAUGAAGUUGAGAGGAGAAACUAAAAUUGUAAAUAAAAAUAUAUAUGUGCCUGCUGUGCAUCAUAUAAUAACACAUAUGUGGAGAAGCUACGGAAGUCACUGUAUGCAUGGUUUUACCUUAUUUCUAAAGAAGAAUUGCUCCUGCCAGUGGUCUCAGGCAUUUACUACAGAGAUUGGUGAUUCUGGUGAAUGAGGCAGCUAUAUUUUAUUUCAGAGAUUUUAUUUAAUGCUUUAUCUAACUUGUUCCUUCCAGGGAACUCAAUGUCUCUUAAGUGGUUAUUCUCACAACAAUCCUUUGAGAUAUGCUUGUCUAAGGGAUGGUUACUGGACUCAGCUAAAAAAGUGCCAUUCAACCCCAGGCCCCUCUCGUCCAAGUUUGACGCACUAUUCAUAACACUACAUUGGUGUUUUGUUUGUUGAGGUUUUUUUCCUGUGCCGUAGUAACAUGCAAAAUAUUCAGCAUGGACAGGGUUGCCUGAACUCAGGUGAAUAGGGACUGAGUUGCAGGAAAUAGGGAGCUGAGAAAAUCAAGAUCGUCUGACUACUUCAUGAAACGCGUGUCAGAUUGCUAGUCUUCUGGACACUUUGUAAAUAUAUUUAAGGGCCUUUGGCCUUUUUGCUUUGUUGCUUUCAGAUUGUUACAGAAUAAAUCAUGGCAUUUCCUGAUGGAUUUUGCCAACUUAAUUUUUGCAAGGCUAGAGGCAACAGGUCUAAUAUGAAUUAAGUUUGGCGCUGUCAUUGUUCCCAUUGUCUGUGUGCAAUAGCCCAUAAUGAUAGUGGGGUCAUCCAAAAUUUGUACUUUGGGCAGAUUGUAAGUGCUGAAAACUAAGUGAACUUGCUCCAAAUUAUAUAGUGCAAAAUCUGCCAGAAUGCCAUAUCUUAGUACUUACCUAGCAGAUGUGGAGAAUAUACGCACAGUUUCAGAUGCAGCAGCAUAAGACCUCUUUAGCUGGCAUUUUGCUUAAAAACGUUUUUUCUUUUGGCCAUGUGUUGUUGUUUUUCUUAAAAUUGUUCAUUAAGAUAAGUGUACCGUCAAAAGUGGUAUCAGUUCUGUACUGGUUCUAGAUUCUGUCUCUGCUUUUCCAAUUUUCUUUUUUACUCUUUGUUAACCAGUUAUAGAUAGGCUUUCCAAACUUGCAAUUCCUUUCCUUUUGCUGAAUUUGUUUAUUGUCUUGCAAAAACACCUGUACAGUAUAGUAUAAUUGCACUGUUUUUAGAUGCAGUAGAGUUGGACAAGAUCUUGAAAACCACAUUACAGUUAAGCACACUUUUGAAAUUAUCUGGGCAUACUUUGUUCUCUCUCUCUCUCUCUGUGUGUGUGUGUAUAUAUAUAUGUAUAGAUAGAUAUAGAUAUAGAUAUAUUUUUGAAAAAGGUAAUACUGAGUUUGUAUUGGUUUUCUGAGGUGACCAUUAAUCAUCUUUCAUAGCAUGUUUGUGAACUAUUGGUUACCCUGUAUUUUAUUCCAUCUUGGUGUACAUAGGGACAACAGCAAGUUAUUUGAGCCUAAUAUGCUGUAUAUUUUCCCAAAAUGUAUGACAGGUAAUAGUUAAUUCAUCCUACAGAGGUGAAUGGGGUCCAUUGACUUUUUUUUUUAACAUAGCAUAUAUAGUUUGGCAUGAUACUGAGAGGGGGGUAAAGCCUGGCAGUAGCCCUGGGCCAGGCUUCCUCAACCCCAACCCUCCAGAUGUUUUGAGACUACAAUUCCCAUCAUCCCUGACCACUGGUCCUGCUAGCUAGGGAUCAUGGGAGUUGUAGGCCAAAAACAUCUGGAGGGCUGAGGUUGAGGAAGCCUGCCCUAGGCACUGGUGCUGGGGUGAGGCUUUGCCACCACCUCAAUGGUAUUUUCAAAUUUAGCACAGAAAUAUAUAUGCCAUUAGUAGCAUAUGUUCUAUUCUGAGAAUCAAAGCAUUGCUGUGGGUAGAGCAGAAACAACCGUGUAGCAAAAAUAAAAAUAAUGUACUCAUUCCUUGUUUCUGAUCAUUGUUUAGAUGACAUUGCCAUCUUUAAAGAAUAAGUCCAUUCAUUUCUCUUCCUGGAAAUCAGUGUCUUCUGUAAAUAAAUCAAAUGUGUGGUUUUUUGCCAGGUAUAGCCUCGACAAGCCUUUCUUUUGACAAGCCUUUCUUUUGUUCUUUAAGAUUCGUCUGAGACACCAUCAUUUCAAUUGGUUGGUCAUCAGCUUCUUAGUAGAAUUUAUCCUGUGGGCCUACCUUACCAAAAGAAUUCUUCAGAAAAGCUGUUCCUGCCCUUUGUUACGUUAAUUAUUGGAGAUAUUGACAGAGCAACUGGCUGCAGAUAUUCAUUUGCAUGCCCAAGGGAGUCAUAUUUGCUGUAGAGCAGGAAUGGCUGGCUGUUUUUUUUAGUUCUGUAUUGCUUUGUUACCACAUGAUGGGGGUCACAUGGCAAAGGUGCUCAAAAUCCUAUCACAUAAAGGAACUGAAAUUAAUUAACUUAAUAGAAAAUGAAUUGAAAAUGAAUUCCCAAUUACCCCUCACCAUUAAUUUAAUACUGCCUGCCUUCUCAGUUGCCUUUUAAAGAACACACACCCAAUUAAUAAUGCUCAUCAAGAGUGCUGCUUUUUAAAUCUCAUCACCUUAGUUCCCCAUGAGGCUGGUCCUUUAAAAACUACUGAGCACACUGCUGCUCUUCUGGAGUGCUAAAGGUAAAGGUAAAGGUACCCCUGCCCGUCAGGGCCAGUCGUGACUGACUCUAGGUUUGCGCGCUCAUCUCGCUCAAGAGGCCGGGAGCCGGCGCUGUCCGAAGACACUUCCGGGUCACGUGGCCAGCGUGACGAAGCUGCAUCUGGCGAGCCAGCACCAGCGCCACACACGGAAACGCCGUUUACCUUCCCGCUAGAAAGCGGUCCCUAUUUAUCUACUUGCACUUUGGGGUGCUUUCGAACUGCUAGGUGGGCAGGAGCUGGGACCGAAUGACGGGAGCUCACCCCGCCGCGGGGAUUCGAACCGCCGACCUUUCGAUCAGCAAGUCCUAGGCUCUGUAGUUUAACCCACAGCGCCACCCACGUCCCAUGUUCUGGAGUGCUAGGGACUGGGAAAAGGAGUGUGCACAUGAAGUCAUCCAGCUACCACUUCUGCCUGAGAGAUCGAGUCUUAUCCUUCAUCAGUUCCAUGAGUAGCAAUGGCACUGAACAAACCAUUGCCAUUGAGAGCAGAUCAUGCCAGAAAUGAAAAGAAGCACUUUGAUCUGACCUGAUCUGUUUUUUUUAAGAGUUCUGGCAAAGCAUUGGAACAUACCAGAAUGCUCCUUCCUGUUUCUGGAGUGCUGUGAACUCUGCACCACCAAAGCCAAUAUCGUUUGGCAGAGCCAAAUUUGUUUAGCAGGGUGUUGGGUCUUUAAAAAGGCUUAUCAGGACAUAUCAGGCAUAUGGCCUGGUGGUACACUGUCACUGAUACAUACAAUUCUUCAUGAAAUGAUGGUACAAAUGUACUAUAUACAGUUGUACCUCGGAAGUUGAACAGAAUCCAUUCUGGAAGUCCGUUCGACUUCCAAAAUGUUCGACUUCCAAAGAGUGGCUUCUGAUUGGCUGUAGGAAGCCCCAUCGGACAUUCGGCUUCUAACAGAAUGUUCGAAAAUGGACCACUCACUUCCAGUUUUUGAUCGUUCGGGAGUCGGAACAUUCAACUCCCAAGGCAUUUGGGAGCCAAGGUACGAUUGUAUACUGUGUUAGCCUGGUUUCACAUAACUAAAAACAAUCUGGAUGACAGUAUGACUUGCCUUCAGUUGGACUGGGCUAAUGGAAUAUCUGUAAUAAUACUUUCUAUCCAGUCCCUUAGUUAGCCCUGAUGCCUUUUUUUACAGGAGUUUUCUUCCCUCAGGCUAUUGAAAGGCAAGUCAACCUAACAACUGAGCUUUCUGUGGCUUUGUUACCUAUCUUCCCUUCAGCACCAAUACAAUCAGCAAGUGAUGCUAAACAAAAGGUUACUUUUUUUCUCUCCCUUAGUUGAAGCACAAUCCAAAGUUCGUUUUCUUAGAGAGAACUGGUAUGAUUUGGAUUGCAGCUUUACUUAAAUUAAAAUUGAACCCUGGUUUAGAUUGAUAAUAGUGCUUCUGUCACUCUUAACCAGAGUAUUAAAUGUUUUAGUUUGAGGGGGUUUCCUCAAAUCCAUGUCAGUUUCAGAACAUUGUUGUUCCUCAGAUGCUCACUGACAUAACGAGCACAUGUCUGGCGAGUGCUGGCAGAUGGUGCAAAUUGUGAGUAGUGAAGCUGAGAAAUGUUCUUUUCCUUUCUAAUCCAGAAUUAAAUUGGGGGGGGGAGUCUUGCCUCCCUACGGACCCAGAUGGGUGACAUAAGCCCUUUGUGUUUCUUAGAUGUGAAUGGAUUAUGUUGCCAUCAGUGUAAGAAAGGGAAGUACAGUCAUACCUCUGGUUAUGUCCUUCAUGUUACGUUCUUUCAUGUUACAUCCCGCGGCGACCCGGAAGUACCGGAAAGGGUUACUUCCAGGUUUCGCCGCAUGCGCAGAUGCGCAAAAUGACAUCAUAUGCAUGCACAGAAGCGGCGAAUCGUGACCUGUGCAUGCGCAGACACGCCACUGCGGGUUGCGCUCUUUUCAUGUUGCGAACGGGCAACCAGAGGUGCCGCUGUAUAGGGGGCUUCUACAUAAACUUUCUUCCUAAUAGCAGCCCAACAAUUCUCUCUCUCUCUCUCUCACACACACACACACUCUCUCUCUCUCCAAAAAAAAAAAAAAGCCACUGGAGGCUUCAUGCUGCAGAACUCUUGCUCUUUUUUUACUGUUGGUUUGCUCUGCAGGUUAAUGCCUGUGUAGGCUGUUCCCGCCGCCUCUUGUAUCAUUUUUGUAACUGAACUAUCAAAUUCAGCAGAUUCCUGACAUGACCAUGUAGAUUUUUCUUAAGGGUGUGUCUGCUUUGGAUUUCUUAGUUUUAUUAGCUGAUGUAAAGAGUGGGGAUAUAAAAGAGAUGACUAAUUUUUAAAAAGUUUUCAAAAAUAAUAUCAUCUUACUUAAAUGUAGAUUUACUUCCGUGAUGCUUCUGCCACCUGCCUCUGCCUGGUUUUCAGAUUCCUCUUCCCAUUGCAGAGAUCUGUGCCACAACACAAACAUUUGCUGAGGAUUUUUAGUGACCACAGUUGAGAGGAAGAUGCAGUCUCAUUUCCCAGAACAGUUAAAAUUCACACGACUCUAGAUCGAGUCCAUAAUGCCAAAUAAUAUGUAAUGUAUACAGUGCAGUCCAGAGUCUCCUAAGUUCUCUGCUCAAGCCUCUACAUUCAUUCAUUGAGGAUGGAAGUUGCUCCUUCCAUUGGUGAAGGUGUUUAUGUUCUCUUGAUUUGGCUGUUUGCAUAUAAGUGCUCCAAAUGUUUACUGGAAAUACAGUAUAAGUUUUGUGGAGUACAAUAGUUUUGAGAAAGAAAGCAAGUUGAGAUGCUGGUGCAAUUCUGUUAGCUCUUUCUAGCAAAGUACAUGUUAUUUUAAUAAUAAUGUGGUUUUGACCCUUCUGCUAACAUUGGAGGUUCCCAUAACAUUCUCUUGUUUAUUGUUAAACAUUAGUUAGGCAGCACCUAAAGGAAGUGGAAAAAUACUCAAUUUGUUUUUUUUCAAAUUGUGCAUAAAGUAGUAGAAUGACUAAGCACUUGUUUAAGAUGUUCAUAAUAGUCCAAUAUGUGCCUUUUAGUACAUUAUAGAUUUUCAAAGUAGAGUGAUUCCAGUAGCUCAGUACUGGUGUCAAAAGCAAAAGAUACUGCAUAGUUUAUAAUAGCUCCUUUUCUUUUAUAUGACAUACAUGUUUCUGCCACACUAAUAUAUCAAUAAUACCAUUUCACAUUAAAAGUACCUUAUUUAUGGUUACAUUCAAAUUGUAACAGAUUUUAAAAGAAACUUAAGUAUUUUUCUUAACAUAACUUGCUUUUGCUCCUUUGUAACACAAAUUUGAAUUUGACAUUUUUAAUUGCCACUAAAAUUAUUGCUAUUAAAAGUUGAGAACUAAGGAUCAUUCUUCAGUAAGUACUAUGUUUUGGUUGGGCAACAUAUAGCCCACAUCUAACCAUUACAUCUUUCAUGUAGCAUUAUUUUCAGGUGGUAGGUAUGCAGUCCCCACCACCACCAAAACAAACCUGUCCUGGUAUAUUUUCAUGUUUGCAUUUCUUAACAGGAACCUACUCUGUGCAUAGGGACGCGGGUGGCACUGUGGUCUAAACCACAGAGCAUAGGGCUUGCCAAUAAGAAGGUCGGCAGUUCGAAUCCCCGUGACAGGGUGAGCUCCCCUUGCUCAGUCCCUGUUCCUGCCCACCUAGCAGUUUGAAAGCACAUCAAAGUGCAAGUAGAUAAAUAGGUACUGCUUCGGUGGGAAGGUAAACGGUGUUUCCGUGUGCUUCUCUGGUUUGCCAGAAGCGGCUUAGUCAUGCUGGCCACAUGACCCAGAAGCUGUACACCUGUUCCCUCGGCCAGUAAAGCGAGAUGAGCGCCAGAACCCCAGAGUCGUCCACGACUUUACCUUUACGUUUACCCUGUGCAUAGUCACCACUUCCUCUUGUUUGUUUCACCUCUGACGUGGGGGAGGCCAGACAGUCAUGAAGGGAAAUGUGGAAGAGGUUCAUAUCAGUGUCAAGGGGGCCACUGUCCUCUGGCAAGUGUGGUGGAUCCUUGACCUCUUCCCCAACCUUGGAAUUGGAGGGGGAAAGCAAGGAUCCUCUUGCAGUUGCACUGCACUUUAGAGGCAUUCAAAACAAAUGUGGAGACCAUCACCCUUCUCCAACCUACCCAGUCUUCAGGGUUAGUGGAGGGGGGGGAAGCUUAAGUAGUGGGAGUUGGGCUUCUGGGGCACAGCCCUCCCAAGGAGAACAUCAAGCAAGCAAAUUAAAAAAACAAAACAAAACAAACCCUCCCCAAAUUUCAAAACCACAUACGCUGCCCUUUUAUUUUAUUUGAACUCGGAGAAGCUCUGCAAACAUUUUAUGUGAUUGAGGUCUCCAGAACUCAAGACAACUUUAAUCCAAAAAUAUAGCUAUGGAUACUGCCCAUAUGUGUCUAGGAAGAAAUAAAAUAAGUCAAGGAAACAAAUCUCUGUUUUGAUAUGUUAAUGUUUUAAAAGUUAUUUUGUUGGUUUGGUAAUCUAAAGCAGCUUUCUUGGAUCAGUUUGUUGAUGCAAAGUUGUGUAAAGAAUUGGCACUACUACAGAUCAGUAACUCCUGAACCGCUAGAGUUCAUGUUCUUUUGAGGUUAUUUUGCUUUAUCCCUUUUUAUGUGAUUGUCAGACUUAUCGUUGUCAUGUUGUUGUUUUCACUAAUUUCAUGUGUUAUAACUUUUACUUUCCCCCCAGUUUAAGCUAUGGAGGAGGGCAUUCAUCCGAAACAGAUUUUCACAGGCAAACAUAUACAACUUCCCACCAGCUUCCUGCAUACGCCACUACUUCCCUACCCGCCGGUAAUAAUUCUCUGUGAAUCUUCAGUUUAAAUGAAUAUGUUUCUCAGUUUUGUAUAAAAUCAGUUAUAAAUUUCUAGCACACUUCUAGCAGAUGACUUAGAUGCUCACAAGGGAUAGAUAAAGGAGAAUGUUUUGAGGAAUGUGCAUUAUCAUUUGCACUAUCCUGGUAGUGCUAUUAUGCACUUCAUCAAAUAAAAAUUACUGGUCACUUAGUUUUUUAAAAACAUUUCAUAAAUUAAUGUUUUAAGUAAUUUCUGUUUCCCUGUCACCACCUUACCUGCAUGACUAGCUUUCACAUUUCUGAAGAGUGUGAACCUUUUUUGGAAGGAGAGUGAAAUGUACAGCUAUUUUAAAGGCACAGCUACAGAUAAUCUGCUCACUAUUCUUAUGCUAAUUACAUUUAGAUGUCAAGGGCUGUUCAUGUGGACUGUUCAAUCUUACAAAAAUGCGAGUUAAAAGAUGAGCAUAUAAUUUAUGUUGAAACUGAUGGUGCUACAAUUCACAUACAUUUGAAGUUUAUUUAGAUAAUCUCCACUUCCAUUAUCCCAGUAUCUCAAUAUAUUCUUCUGUCUUUCGUCCCCCAUUAAUUCCUUGUUUGACUGAGAGAUCGUAAUUUACCGAAGAUUAGCCAGCAAGUCUUAUGGUUGAGUUACAUGUCCAUUGAAUGUAUGGCUGCACACUUAAAUGUGCAGCAUAUUGUGUAAUGUGUAGUUUUUUGUGCUCAGACUCAUAUGUGAUUUGUUUGUUCCAGGCCUUUCUGGGAUUUUUGAUAACACUAUGCACAGCAGCAAUAACAACACUAAAGAUACAUCAGUUAUGAAUUUUCUCUCUGCAAUUGAAUCCCGCAAUGCUCAGGCUGUUUCUUCAGGCACUACUCUCUUGCCACAGUUCAGAGCUCCAGCAUGGCAGCCAGGUGACAUUUUCCUAAUUUUCAGAACUUAAGUCUGUUGUUUCUCUAUAGAUAAGUAAAUAUAUUAAAUAUUAGUAUCAUAGAGAAAUUAAGAGAGAAUGUUUGUUUUUUAUUUUUUUCCAUUUUGCUUUGCAUUUCUAGGGAAAUAUUUUCAUUUUAAGUGUUCUAAGUCUUUGAUAAACAUCUAUUUUGACAACCAUAUUUGCUUCAAAGGUACUGCAUUUGUGCCUAACUGCUAUUUGUAACUAGGUAUUGCUCUUUAAUCAGUAUAUAAUCCAGUUAUAAACACUUAACGUUGGAUCUCUUCCUGCAAAACUGGUCUAACUUCCUUGCAGGACAAAACUGGUAAUUGAACUUCUAUGAAAAUAUUAGUCUUGGGUCAGUUUAACAUGUGGGCUCUCAGGGCUGAUGGUGUGUCCAUAUGCAGUCAGAAGUCCUUGGUGUCUUUGACCUAUAAGUUUGCAUUGCAAAAACCUACCAAAAAAUCAGUGGCUUGCUAACAUAGUUGCACACUUGUUAGCAGGGACCAUCAUGGUUGCAGUCUCUCUCCCCUGUGAACAAUAAUGUAUAAAUACAAUAUUGUAUUUAUUGAAGAACUUGCAUGGUAAUAAGAAGCACAUCAGAAACUCCGAAAGACCUAGUGCCAUUUAACUAUAUGUUGAUAAAACACAUAAAAACCCUAAAAAUAGACAAGAAUAUGUUGUAUAUGUGUCACAGGUCACAUCUAAGGCAUUUAGCUAAAACAAAAGUCCUGGCAUAUUGUUCUCUUGAAAGAGGUCCUGAAUUCAAGAUUAGUGCUAUUAAAUCAGUUGUGACAUCUCUGAAAUGGAACAUUCUUUGAAAUUGGGCCAAUUUUUAUAGCAGUGGGAGAGUUUCGCAAACUGAUCCUAAAUAGAAUACAAGUAGUUCGUAUUGACUUCAGUGUAGUUUUAAAUUGAAUAUAUUGGUGGCUAUUUUAAUAAAGUUAUUUGUAUUUCUCCAACAUAAAAUAAAUAACAGUAACACAAUAAGAAGUAAUAAAAGCAGUAGAUUAGAAUAUUUUUAAAACACAACAAAUUAGCAAAGUAAAAUUUAAAAGAAGAAUCCCAAUGUAUUUCAAGGGGGCAGGGAGCAUUUCACAGUCUCGGUGCCUCUAUUGGAAAGGCUCUGUCUCAAAAACCUUCCUGUUAAUUUAGCAUAAUGUCACAUAAGGGUGGGACCAUGAGAGCCUCAGAUACAGAUCUCAAGUGACAAACAGGCUCAGCUGGGAGCAGUGGACCCUAAAUUAACAUGGCUCCAAUAUUUUUAGAGCUUUAAAGAUUAAACAAGCAAUUUAAAUUGAGUCUUGAAACAGUCAACAAAUAUGGUUGAUGCAUAAUUAGAAUAAUACACUCCAACCUCUGUGUCCUAUAUAACAUUCUGGAUUCCUUAUUUUAGACCAUUUGUAGUUUCUGAACUAUCAUUAAAGGCAGCCUCACGUAGAAAGCUUUACAACAGUCUGGCCUGGAGGUGCUAGCAUGUGGGUAACUAAGACAGUACUGAUUUCUCCAGAAAAGACUUUUAAUUGGCUCAACAGUAAGGUAAAGGUAAAGGGACCCCUGACCAUUAGCUCCAGUCGUGACCGACUCUGGAGUUGCGACGCUCAUCUUGUUUUAUUGGCCGAGGGAGCUGGCGUUUGUCCGCAGACAGCUUCCGGGUCAUGUGGCCAGCAUGACUAAGCCGCUUCUGGCGAACCAGAGCAGCGCACGGAAACGCAUUUACCUUCCUGCCGGAGCGGUACCUAUUUAUCUACUUGCACUUCGAUGUGCUUUCGAACUGCUAGGUGGGCAGGAGCUGGGACCGAGCAACGGGAGCUCACCCCGUCACGGGGAUUCGAACUGCCGACCUUCUGAUUAGCAAGUCCUAGGCUCUGUGGUUUAACCCGCAGCACCACCCGCGUCCCAACAGUGGCUCAACAGUGGAUCUGCUUUAAAAAAAAAAGUGCUUAUUGCCAUUGCACCACUUGAAUAUCCAGGGAAAGUAUCAGAUCAAUAAACACCCCCCCAGUGCUCCUGAUCCAGAGUACAGUCUUACCAAAAACAGGCUCUAUAACCUCUUUCAGAUUGCCAGAUUUAUUGCACAGUAAUAUGUUAAUCUUAACAUGGAUUAUGUUUAGUUUGCAGCCACUUGUUCCUGAAUUGUCACCAUAUAUACAAGCUUAGAAGUAGGAUAGCAGAGGCUACCCAAAACAAAUUCCAGGAAGACAAAUGAUUUCACCAUCCUCUUUUAUAUUAAUAGAAUAUAAGUUUUUCUGGUUCCAAAUGCAGUGGUUAAAUAAUUCUUAUUAGGUCCAAGAUGGAAUAAAAUGGUUAUGUAUGUUCUUAUUUCACUAUUGAGUAGUCACUCCCCUUUUUUAUCAGUCUCUUUUUCCCCUUUUUUUAAAACAGGCAUGCAUUCGUCAACCGAGCUUUUUGUUACUGGAGCCUUGCCAGCCUCUGGGACGUUUCCACCAACUUCAGCCUAUCAGCAUCCUAACACUUUCAGCAGUAGAAACUUUGCUGCUACUCCUUCUCUAACACUUCAAGAUGCAACUUUCAGUCCGACAUCAAAUGGUCUUCUUAGUGCUCAUGACCCUUUAUUGCAGAUCAAGACAUCCCAGAGCACAGUUCCCACAGCGCUGGCCUUUGAGCGCCUGGGCGGUUCUGUGUUAAGUACCAGCAUACCACCACAAUCUUCAACAUAUCGCUCUGCUCAAGAGUCUGCACCCCAUCUCUUGCAGCCACAGUUCAGUUUGUUGCCUUCAUCACUUGGAGGAGCUCAGCAGGCUCCACAAGUAUAUAGUUCACCUCUGUUUACUGGUUCCACUGCCUCAAUUGAAAGAGCCCUGCAGCGAGAAUGUAGUGUUAUUAAGCACCAUCAGCGGCCUUCGAGCACACAGUCUGUUCAGGCACAACUGACUGGUUCACAGCAUUCCUUACACAACUAUUUAUCAAGUGCAAGUGGAAAUGAUUUUCAGGAUACAUCCCGUCAGUCUUCCCUAUCUUGUAGCCCAGUCGAUGAUUCUACUCAGGUGAGCAAUGGGAGACCCCAGCAAAAGACCUCUCAAGUUUCAGUAGAACUUGCUCAGUCAUACACAUCAGCGAUUCCAUCACCUGGUUUUCCAUCUGUUUCCACUGCAAAAGCAAAACACUGCUCUACGAAGCAGCCACCAAGAUCAACAAAGACUCCUAAGCCACAAAGCAUUUCCCCUACUGUGCAGACACAAAGCUUUUCCAAAACUGCACAGAGCCAGAAUUCUGUAAUAGCAGGUCAAGCACAAAUCUAUUCUACAGCACAGCUUCCAAGCCUCUUGUCAGUAAGCCAAUCACAAAACUAUGUUUCAACGCAAUCGCAGAAUGUGCCACCGGUCAGUCAUGCACAGGUAUUCUCAGCCAUCAAGGUUGAGAAGCUGCCACCACUGUACAAAACACUCACUUUUCCUGGGCAAUCACAGGCAAUUACUUCAGAUAGCCAGACACUAAGCUAUUCUUCUGAUCAACAGGUAUUAAGUUCAAUUUCAAAUGGCAAUUACUCUGGGCAAACGGAUCUUUCUUCAGUCAGCCAAUCUCAAAAUUACUCUUCUAGUCAUUCUCAGGGUUUGUCAACCAUUAGCAGAUCCCAAGGUAACUAUUCAUCUCAAUCACAGGUUUUGUCAGUGGUUAGUCCUUCAGAAACAUAUACAACAGGGCAACCUUUAACAUUAACGUCGCCAUCUCUUCCAUAUUCUUCUCCACAUGUUCAGAACUUGUCAGCCUCGAGCCCUCCCCAGAACUAUAUUUCUUUACAUUCUCAGGCACAAGAGCCAUCUUCUCCACAGUCUCAAAAGUUUUUACCAGUUGUCCAGUCAACUUCUUUUGCGAUGCCAGCUCAUUCACAGGCAUUGCAGAACAACAGGUCUUCCUCAGAUACUAAGUUAUACAUCAAAAGGGAAUCUGACCCUAACUUAUAUCAAACGUGUAAGCAAGAUGAACAGUUCCCAAUGCAAGAUAUGCAGGCAUUGCAACAACAAACAUCUUUGGAUUCCUCUACUCAGAGGCUAACCGAUGAUGAAGUUAAUGCUCAGGAUACAAAUUACAAAGUUUCCAAAGCAGAUAAUAGGUAUUCUCAAAGUGUAAUCAGGAGUAACUCCCGUCUUGAAGAUCAAGUUGUUGGGCUUACUUUUCAGGGAUCAAAAAAAGACGAAAGAAUGGUUAGUUCUGUGGCACAGCUCACCCAGCAAAUUGGCCAUAUCACUAACGUAGGAAGCCAUGAUAUUAAAAAGGCAGCUAAUUUAUUGCCAACAACCCAAGUAAAUGUGGAUUCUAAAGAACUCAGCCAGCAGCAUUCUCUUCUGCAUAAAGUACGUGAAGCGAAAGCAUCAGAGCAACAGGGCCAAGUCAUGAGCACACCACCACAGCUUCACAGUCAAGCCAUAAGACAUGGCCAGCAGCUGUGUUUGCCUGGUGCACAGGUACUUCUAGAAUCUGCCUGUGAUUUGCAAAUGCUUCAGCAGUCAAUACUACAAUCUGGCUUGGGCCACACGAAAGGUUCUUCACAAGUCCAGCAGCGCCUUCAGGGUUCUCAGCAGGUGACUCACCCAUUCCUUCACAUAGAUGGUCAUAUGAUUCAGAGUAAUGGAGGACAUUCUCAGCAGCAGCUUCAUUCUCAGAACUCUGAAGUUAUGAAAAUGAACAUUUCUGAACCAUCAAAGCCACUACAGCAACACUUGACAUUGAAAGAGAAUUUUGUGCGGCCAGAUCAUGAAUCUAAGAAUCAGUUUGUUUCCCUUAGUUCUGUAUGUUUUCCAGAGUCUAUGCUUCUCAACGAUGAGAGGAAUAUACUGUCUAAUGUGGAAGAUAUCUUGGCAGCAACAGCUGCAGCUUGUGUAGGAACAACGUCUGAAUUUGCCAAAUCUACGGCUAAUGAAGAAAAUAUCCAGUCAGUUGAAAAUGGGGACAAUUCUAAGUCUCAGUUCCAGGGAAUGGAUGUCAGACAUGUGACUUCUAGCUUCAACAACUCAUCAACUGUUGUUGGAAAGCCGCUGAACAUAAACAGUGUUUCUUUAAAUGGAGGCCAGGUUACACUAAACCUAACAGCAGUGCCUACGAUGCAGCCAAAAAAUAGGAGCCUUGAGCAACAACACCUUGAGACUCCUGAUCACAGCAUUCCCACUAGAGUUGCUACCUCAGAGCUUGAACAGAGGCAUGAACAGGUUCCUGGCUUAGUUAAGCAGCAGUCUGGCAUUGGUAAUGAAUGUGAAGAUAAAAACGGUAUUCAUAUGGAUAGUACAAUAAAUGUAAAAGAUAUAGAUCUUGUUUUAAGUAGUAGGGCUCGAAAUGAGAGUGCCGCACCCCAUGGUGUUUUUAACAUGGAAAGUGACAACACUGUGACAGGAAACAAAACUAAAGUUCCACUGCAGCCAAUAUCUAUGCAACAACCAGGUGAUGAAAAUGGCAGCAGAGCUGAAGGCAAGAGCCAAGAUUUAUCACAAGAGGAACUUCAGAAGCAAAAGGACAGGGGGCAAAAUCAGCUUAAAAAUGCCAACGAAGAUGGCAUGCACCAGAAGCAAUUGAAGCGAAGUGGACAGUGCAAACGUCAGAAUUCAAGAGGAACUGAUGCUGCCUUGCCAUAUUCCCCUGCUUCUGAAAGCUGCCAUGAAACUUACCAACAUCAAGAGAAAAUGAGGCAGAAAAUAAAAGAGGUGGAAGAAAAACAGCCAGAAGUCAGAACAGGAUUCAUUGCAUCUUUUUUAGAUUUCUUAAAAGGGGGACCCAGGCAGCAGUUUUCAGCUCCUGCUGUGCGUGUUCCUAGUCGUGUGCGGAGACCUGUUACCCCUGUUGUUAGAGCACCUUGUCCACAUCCACUUUCAAAACCUCACAUGGCAGCAGCAGCACCUUCUGCCUCACUUGAGAGCAGCACUGAAUGUUCAAACAGAAAGGGUGAUGAAGAACUGAAGAAAAAUUUGGAAGCAUUGCCAUCGUUUUCUUCUGAUGAAGAUUCUGUAGGGGCUAACCAGGAUCUUCAAAAGUGCAUCACUUCUGCAUUGUCAACUUUGGACGAUGCUUCUGAUAAAAAGAAAAAAUCAGGUAAAGAUUAUUCUGUUCACAAUUGGAUAUGUGGAUCUGGUUUUAAAAUAACUUAAGUAAAAGAUUCAAAUGAUUCGCUCUUGCUUAUCCCAAAUGCUGUAGACAGAUAUCUAUAUUUCACUGUUAUUUAGGCAAAGCAGGAUCCUGACAGGUGAAAAUAUACUUGGAUAUUUAGCUUUCUCGAAAAUGGUUGUAAGUGUUGUCACAUUCCACUGUCUGUAUUGGGAAACAGUGGUUUUGGUUCAGUGCUGUGCAAACAGUUCCACUCAUGCAACAGUGCUUCCUCCCACCACACAACCCUAAACUCUGUUCUAGAGGAUCCUCUACCCCUCUGGAUAAGAUUUCUCCAGCACAGGGGCUGGAGAAGCCAGAAGAGGAAUGUUUUUAUGCACAGAAGUCUGCAGUGUAAGCUGCGUUGGAUACAACCUAUAGGCCUGAUUUAAUUUGGUUUGAUAUAAAUUCAUUCUGAAAGCUUAAAAAUGUUGUAAUAUAUUUAUGUGACUUUACACAAUCAUUCUCUUCUUAAGGGUCAUUUUAAUGCCUAAGCUUCUUUUUAUAAAAAAGUUUAUUUUCCCUAUUCACGGUGUAUAAACAGUAACACAAUGAGCCAUAUCCUAUGCAGCACAAGAUAAAUAAUUCAAUAUCUGUCCUUUUUAUUAAGUAACUGUCCUUUUUAUUUUAGGAUGAAUAUUUUGUGUCCAAGUCUUACCUUUGAAAGUGUCUCCACAAAGCUAAGCUCUUGAUCGUGUGUUAAGAGACAAAUUCAACUUUGAAAAAUCCCAGUCCACCUUAGAUUUACCGCAACACAUUUAUCAUACAUAUUAAAAGAUGGGUGUGGUCUUGUCUGUUUGCAUUCCCUUUUAGCACCUUGAGGAUCCAAUUUCUUCCAUAUGUAGUUCAAAGCAGCAAACCUUUCAAAUUUGAGGGUGUCUUGAUUUCUUUUGGGGCAUGGUGUUGAAGCUUCAGUCUUUUUCUGGUAUGCUGCACUAAUUUUUAAUGAAAAGUAAAUAUGUUAGACAUACAGUAGCCUAGGAUUUCAGAUAGGGGAUCCUCCUAAUGUCAUCAGUGGAACUAGCAUUUUGUUCUACUCAGUAACAAUUUUUAAGUGGCUUACGAUAAGCUGAAAAGAGUUGUUAAUUGAAAUAUGAAAAAAUGCUUGGUUUUUUACUUCAGAAAUGAUCAAGACUUUAUCUAAUGCCACCACCAAUACUGUCGUAAGGAAGGAAUCUUCUGAAACAACUAGUUCUGUGGCAGAUUCUCAGGUGAAAAUGUGUUUAGUGCAACAUGAGAUGGGCAGAGUUCUUACAGAACACUUAGCAAAAACACAGGCAACUGCUGCAAUAGAAGGAUAUAUUGAGGACGACGACGGAGAAAGUGGAGGCGAGGGCGUGUACAGAGAACGUGAUGAAUUUGUAGUGAAGAUUGAAGAUAUAGAAUUACUAAAGGUAAUCAAUAAUUUUGCUUUGAGCAAUUUAAGAGAACACACUGAUCGAAGAGUAUUUCCUGCCAUGUGUAAGAUACCUUUUCUUGGUAUCUUGUAGUUUUGACAUUUUUGGUACUUUACUGUAAAUAUGUACAAAUCUUUUCUGCUAACAAGGGACUAGCGUUUAUAAAUGCAUAUGUUACAUGGAGACACAAAUUGAGAUCCUACUAAAACAUUGUUUAGGAAAUUUAACUGGUUUUGCUUGAUAUCUAAGUUGAUAGACCAUGGUUUGAAAUUGGCCAUUAAACCAGAAGUGGAAACUAUAGUUUCAGUGGGUUUGUGGCGAUUAGUUUUGCGUGAUGCCUGAGCUGACAGGCUAUAGUUGUGCCCAUCACUCUCUUGAAAACAAGGAAGAAAACAGCAGCCCACACUCAGAACAACUUGUUAACUCAAUAUCAUCUCUGGGGCAGAUAUGACAAUUCUCAUUGUCGUUUACUUGUAUAGUGGUACCUCCGGUUGCGAACGGGAUACAUUUCAGAGGUCCAGCCGUAUCCUGAAGUUUUCGCAAUCAGAGAGACCGCUUCUGCGCAUGCGCAAGUGGCAAAACACUUCUGGGUUUGCUGCUUUCGCAACCUGAAGUUUACGCUACCCAAGGGUAAUGUAACCUGACAUUCUGCUGUAUUCAGAUCUGCAGUAAAUACUGUUUGGUUGGGUUUUGAUAGUUCUAUAUAAUUUUAGAGCAUUUUCAAAUGGCAUUAUUAAAACAUUAAAUUGGGGGGGAGGUGUGUGUGUUUUUAUUUUAUUUUAUUUUAUUGAAUUUAUAUACCGCCCUAUACCCGUAGGUCUCAGGGUAGUUCACUGUAAAUAUCACAAAUAUGAGAUAUUUCCAUUUGCUGUUUAGUUGUCACGACUUCAAAAUAAUGGAAGAGGGGCUUGUGGUAGUGUGGUGCAGUGGAUGUAGUGCUGGGUUUUCCCAUGAGAAAUAUUAUGUUCAUGUAUACCAGGGGUGGCAAACCUGCUGUGGCCUAUUAGAUGCUGUUGGUCUCCCAUUCCCAUUGGCCCCGCCAGCAUAGUCAAUAGGGAUGAUGGGAGUUGUAGUCUAGCAAUAUUUUGAGGGCCAAAGGUCUUAAUUUAUAUGCUUCGGAAGGCCCACACCCUUCAGUUUGACCUUCAAGUGGCAAUUGCAAUCAUUACAGUAUGUGUUGAGAGCUGCUAUGGAAAACAUAAAAUACUGUGUAAAAUAUACAAACUCAUGAAGGUAGGGUGCAGUUGGAACUAAUCAGCUGCAUAAAACUAAUUGAAAUGGUUGCUUUUAUUUGCUUUUUCCCCUUGCAGGUUGCUUUAAAAACAGGAACGGAGCCUCCAGCCAUCUGGAAGGUUCAAAAAGCUUUGUUGCAGAAGUUUGUUCCUGAAGUGCGAGAUGGACAGAGAGAGUUCACAGCUACUAACAGUGUACGUACAAGGAUUCCACAUUAAUCUUGGUACUCAGCAACAAAGAACCCUGUGGCAUUGUAGUCACUAUGAUAAUAGAAGUUCUUUCAUAGACCACGGGUGGCAGAAAGGAGUGUUCCUGCUGCCACCUCCUCCUUCUCCCCUUCCCAGGCAUUCAUUGCUUGCUCCACUCCUUGUUCAUGGCAGCCAUAACCUGCUGUGAUGUGCAAAUCAGGUAAUGUGUGGUUACUAACUGUAAUAAUCAGAAACCACUUGAAAGGCCACUGGGUCUUUUAUUCCCCCACUGAAGGAUCAUUUCUAAUUCUCCCAACUGUAAAUGAGCACCCAAUGCCUUAAGCUUCAGAAACAUAGGCCAGGCACAUUACAUAUUAUGUGCCUUUGAGCUAAACUGGUGUGUUGAAUUCUAUCAAAACCUUCAGGCUAAAGGAUGUGCUUAUAAAAGAGUAACCUAUUAGACAUUCUUCUUACUUAGUGAUGAAUACAUGAUCUAAAUUUUAUAUGCUGAUUCUUUUAACUUGGAGUGUGUGAUAAGCUUAACUCUAUUUGGUUGCAUCAAGACUUUUCACAAGUGAAAACUCUACCCAUAGCAUUGGAGGGGAUCCCGAGGAACAUCUAGUCCAACUCCCUGCAAUGCAGGAAUCUCAAUGCAUGACAGAUGGCCAUCCAGUCUCUGCUUAAAAACCUCCAAAGGAGAAGAGUUCAUCACCUCUUGCGGGAAUCUGUUCCACUGUCCAACAGCUCUUACCAUCAAACAUUUUCCUGAUGUUUAGUCAGAAUCUCCUAAAUCCAUUAGUUUGGGUCCUAGCCUCUGGAGCAGGCGGAAACAAGCUUUUCCCCUCUUUGGAUAUUUGAAGAUGGCUAUAUAUCUUCUCUCACUCUCUUCUUUCCCAGCUAAACCAGCUAAACAACCAUUCCUCAUAUUGUAUUUUUUUAUAUUCUGAACCACCCUGAUAUCUAAAGAUGAAAGGUGGUAUACAAAUUUACUAUAAAUAAAUAAAAUAGGCAUGGCUUCCAGACCCUUGAUCAUCUUGGUCGCCCUCCUGCAUAUGUUCUCGCUGGUCAAUAGCCUGCUUAAAUUGUGGUACCCAAAAUUGGGACACAGUACUCCAGGUGAGGUCUGACCAAGACAGAAUAGUGCCCUUGAUCAGGACACUAUAUUUCUGUUGAUACUGCCUAAAGUAGUGUUAGCUCUUUGGGGGGGGGGGCUGUGCAUUAUUACACUGCCUCUCUUGGGCUUAGUUCCCACCUACUUCAGCUCCCCCAUGUUACAUCCCAGCCCUUUCCUGGAGGACCCUCAGGAGGGAUAGAUGCCUUGUGCUCACACUUAUAUCUAGACGCAACCCAUUAUUUAAACUUAAAUAUAAAUUAUCCUGUACAAAACUGAGUGCAAGGAUCUGCAUGUACUAUGUCUGCGUUUUUUCUCGUUGCAGUAUCUUGGAUAUUUUGGAGAUGCAAAAUCAAAGUACAAAAGAGUGUACGUGAAGUUUAUAGAAAAUACAAACAAGAAAGAGUAUGUCAGAGUGUGUUCCAAGAGACCCAGAAAUAAGCCUGUGCCCUCUGCAAGGUAUUUUAUUUUGAUAAAAUAAAGUGUCAAAUAGAAAAGCUUUAACAUUUGUAGAUUUUAAUAGAAAUAUUUUGUAUUUUUUUUACAGCAGACAUCCAUAAUAUUUAUUUGUAGUUGCAACAAAUAGAAUAGACUGAAAACGUGGACUGGUUUGCGUAAUUACACACUUUGGGCGUGCAUGGUUCUCUUCCAUGUAUAAGAGGAGGAGGGAAAGUAUCUUCGCUCACUUUUGACUAAACCAUUGUUUCCCAUUAUGUACAAACUUUGGGAACUGAGGUUUAGGUAAAAGAGAAUAUGGAACUUUCACUCUCCUUGUGUACAAUGGAGAACAGAACGGGAGCAUCUUGGCUCUGAGUCCUGGAAGACCUGCUCCCUGCUUUACUAGCCUUUUUCCACCUGGUUUGGGAAGGCGGGGCCCUGACAGACUCUAGCUACGAAAGCUGAGGCUGCUGAACAGACUCUGGGGUUGGAGUAUUGCUUUGGGGGUUUUUUGUUGCUGUUAUUGCUACUAAUUUUUGGAUCUUAUGGUUUAUUAUGGUUGGCUGUUUUUUGAUGUGCUUUGUUUAUUGUUUAUGACUACUUAUGUUUAUAAUUAUGUGAAUCUUUUCAUGUUGUAAGCUGCCUUACAACUGAAUUGAAUUACAAAUUGAAUUAUGAUGAGCACAUGGCCCUAAGACUCUCUGCAGCCCAUUGGCAGUGCUCUAAACCAUAGUUGUGUGAUGUUGUUCAAAGAAUCGUUUUUCCCCAGUCAAUAGCGUCAUUCUUUGGGUUUCCUCUUAGUUCCUUCUGUGGAGUUUGGUUGCUGUUAAAUGAGAAGCGACAUUCCUUCUUUCUCCCAUUCACAAAAUUCUACCAGUUAGUCUUUCAGCAGCUAAUGGUUGGGUGGGAGCAACCUGGCGUAUGCAUGAGUGAAUUUGAACACUGGUGAAACUCGUACUCGCAAGAGUUCUUUCAUUUCCUCUCGCUUUCCAUUUGUAGGCCUGUCCAUUGUAAGCCAAGCACUAGCAUCAACAAAUCUCCUGAGCCUCCAGCAUCAAAAACUACCCCUGCAACAACAAAAGUAUCUGUAGUGAAACCCAAAGCUAAGCAGCCAAAGAUAAAGGCAGAACCACCACCAAAGAAACGGAAAACAUGGAAAGAAGAAUUGCCCCCUGCCCCUCAACUCCAGAGUGACGAGGAAGGUAAGUGCCACAAUGUCAAAACUAGGUGUUCUGAUUAUGUAAUAUCUUCCAAAAAAAUUAAUAAGCUUUGCAAAUUUCUCAGCAAAACUUGGUGGAGAGGUGCUAACUUGAUAGGAAAACCUCAUUCUUAAUAAGUGCCCUGAAGAAGGUUGCUUUUAACUGAAACACAUUGGACUUUAUUUUGCAAAAACUAUAUUUUGUAAAGAUUUAUUACUGGCAGCACUUUGAGGCUCAGCCUCUUUCAUGGCUUCUCUUGCUUUUGGUGCUGCUCUUCCUACCCCCUUUUAGUAGAAUCAUGGCGUCACAAAAUGUCAUUUGCCGUUUUGUUGCAUGGUAAUUGUGAACAUUUCAAAGCCACCAUUUGUGAAAAGGGCAACUUUUUUUAUAUUGCUUCAUAACGUAGGAUGAGUAGUCUUAUGGAGACAUUGCCAGCACACAUUUACUUUGCAUAGGGAGGAGGGAAAGGGCUGCACCUCUUGGACCCAGCUCAACAUUACCAAAUGUUCGCUUGUUGAGCUCAGUGUCUAUGAAGGGAUGCUUACAUGCAUACAUGUAUAAGCACCCCGAAUGAUCGGGAAGCCCAAUCACAUGGAACGCCAACACAUUUGCAACUCUUUGUAGACAGCAUGCUCAAGAACACAUAGGCAUCUAAGAGAUGAGGCAGGCCGUGUUGGCUUUAGGGUCGGUCACACUCUGUGGAUUGGUUUGACCUUUGGCAAUUUCUGUCAGUCAGAAAGGUUUCUCCCAAGUCUCCACUCCACUGUCCUUAUUAGGAAUGACUUCUUUAACAUUUAAUUUUAAGUGGCACUUGCAGUGUCUUUGGGCAUUGGUUAAUUCUUCUGUAGCAGCCAUGUUAUUGUCAGAUGUUUCAUUUAGGUUUUCAAAGCAAAGGAUGCUAAUUUUCCAAAAUGAAGAAAAAGUUUAGGCUUGAAUUUGAAUGCAGUAUAAUCAUAAAAACUCCUCCUAAGCACUUAUAACUAAUCCAGUAAGAAUCCAUAUUUUGUUGUUCUUGUUUAAAUUAUUUGAAGCUUUUUUUCAACUGUUAAGGAUCUUAACAGCUCAGUCCUUACUAAAAUACAGUGGUACCUCGGGUUACAUACGCUUCAUGUUACAUAUGCUUCAGGUUACACACUCUGCUAACCCAGAAAUACUGAUUCAGGUUAAAUACUUUGCUUCAGGAUAAGAACAGAAAUCGGGAACUGUUUCAGGUUAAGAAUGGACCUCCGGAACGAAUUAAGUACUUAACCUGAGGUACCACUGUAAUGCAUACUAACCAUCUGUAUUUCUUUGAAUGGUCACUAGAGGUCACCAGAAUCGUAAUAAAUUUCUAGGCCUGUAAACAAAAUGCAAUUGGAACAAUACAUUUGUAUUUCUGAUACUGUAUUUCAGACACUGCACCGCCAGCUCCUAUUAUUGCUCGAUUUUUGAACACCAGAGCUAUGAAAGAAACAUUUAGGAGCUACAUGGAACUGCUUGUUAGUAUUGCCUUGGAUCCAGAUACUAUGCUGGCGUUGGAGAGGAGCAAUGGUACAGUGUGUUCAACCUUUCACUUUGUGUAGCUUAUUUCUGUUUCCCAUAUGAUAUCUUUGUUCAAGGAACGGAUAAGACAUCAGCUUGAGAUCACAAGCAUUUAGAGUUCAGGGGUCCCAAACGGUAGUCUGUAGAUCACUGGUAGGGGCAGCCUUCUAGAGGGGCCACAUGCCAGUGGCAAAGAUGGGUGGGCAGAUUUGACUCUUUGUAUUGUAGGCUAAUUCCAGUCAUGCAAAAGUCAGGUUUCUUUACACACAUCCCUCAAUCCUCCCCUCUAGGCAAGCAAGAGAUCUUACUUGUUUAGAUACUUCUUCAAACCGAUUAUCUAAGCUGUAUACAGUAAACUCCAAUAUAUAAAAUACAAAAUAGGUUGAAAUAUAAAUUACAAAUAAAGAUUAACUUGUUUGAGUCAUCUGGGUAUAUUUUACUGAGCUUGUUUGUGACUCUUUUUCUUACCUCUUUCUGCUCCUGGCUAGUGCUUGCUUUGCUUUGAAGUAUCAUACAUUGUGUUCUGCUUUUUCAGAUGAGCUGCUUUUGCCUCAUAUGAGAAAAAUCGAUGGCAUGCUAAAUGACAAUAGAAAAAGGCUGCUGUCCAAAUUGAGCUUGGAGCGUUCCCUCAAGGUAUUGAUAGUUAAAAUGGUUUUAUUAAUUAUUUACUGCUCUUACAUGGCUUGAGAUCUUUUGGGAAGUGAUGUCUAAUCAUACAAAGCAAAUAAAACAGCAGUGCAAAUUCCUAUUGGAUUUCUUGUAUAUAUUUUUAUCCCUUCAGAUAAAAAUUGCCCAGCUAUAAUCCUGCAUUUUCAGAUGAAAGGGAGACUUCCUGUAAACAUCAGUUAGCAUAAUAUGAAACUAUAUCUUACCUUAAUUGGGUAAAUCACCUGAACAGGAUUAACUGAAUGUAUUUUUAAGAACUUGAAUAACAGUAAUUGCUCCUGCAUUCUUUUAAAGACUUAUUUUAUCAAAGAAUUCUAAUAAAAUUUGUUGUUUAUUAAUUUGACGUAGUGGAAUCCUGCACAGUGUAAAUUUCUGCCUUUUUGCUCUCUUCUAAGGCUGCUUUGGAAAGCUUCCCUGAACUGACCGUAAUCAAUCGAGAUUCUAAAACAAAAACUGGAGUGAGUGUGAUUCCUAGAAUCAAAAUGAAUGGCAAAGCUUAUAACAAGAAAACACUGAGGAUUUCUAAAGCAGCCUCAAAAUUAGCACAGGUAUGUGUUUUUUUUAAGUGUUUGGGGGUGGUUUGCUGCUAUAUUUUUAAUGGAACACUAAUAUCCUUACUAGAAUCAUCUUCUUUAUAUGCAUUAUCUAAAAUGUGGUACUAAACUUUAUGCUUUCCAGUUGUGGAUUUUCAAAAAGAAGUACAUAAAUUAUUUAACAGUAGUUAAAAAAAUUAUUUGACUUGUUUCAUUUCCUUUGAUCAUUAUCCUUUGAAGCCCAGUAAGAAAUUGUAUUCUUAAAAAGGUAAAUAUGUUGAAGUAGAAAAUAGAAAGGGGGCUCUCUGAAGGAAAGAUUUCACAACAGGAGGUAUUCAUUUUCCUUACGAAUGAGCCGUCACACAAAAGUACUGACCUACCCCCCCUUUUUAUUUGGUCCUACAUGCACCUACCCUGAGAGUUGGUAAGCCCCAGUGAACUCAAAUGGGACUUCUAAGUUGAUGUGCAGUCAGAUUUACUGUAAGCAUCUCUCUCUGAUGGUUCCUACCAUUAUGGCUGAUAAUAUUGACAAAUUUCUUUAUGGCUUCCUUUGCACUUACCUUGUUGCCUUUUUGAACCGCUACAUAGUAGCUUUCACAUUUGACUUCUACCUGUAUCAAAACAUGUUAAUACUGUAGGUAAGCAACUGCAGUGGUUCUCCGAAUCUCUGUUCCAAAUCUGUGCCUCUGCAAGCCCUAGACAUUGAACUAUCUGGCAAAUAUUUUCCCCACUGAACUGCUUUCGUUGAAUGCCAUCAUAAGGUACCCAGGUGGUAAUGAUGGAAGACAUUUCCUGAAAGGGUUUUUUUAUCAAUAUAGGAAACGGAAAUAAGUAGUCUGCAAUUUGAAGUGGGAGAGAAAGGAAUAUUAGGGAGAUGGGGGAGUUGCAGCAGCAAACUGAAGGCAGCUGCACGGUGAUGUUUGGACAGAGGGAAUUCAGCGCAAGGGGGUGAAAUGCCUAAGAGAAAAUAGAAUCUGAGAGUGAACAAGAAACAAGCAUUCACCUAUUCAUCCAUUGUGAUAUCUGAGAAGCACAUCAGAGGGAGGAGGACCCAGGCAUCAUCAUCAGACAGGGUAAAACUUAAAGGGCAUGAAAUUGACAUCCCAAGCCCUGUUAAGCUUUACUGGGCAGAAUCGCAGGGUAGUGUUAGCUGGCACUAAACUGGGGCUCCCAUUAUAAACUGGCAAGGGUGAACUCCAUUCACAGGAACUGGGUUAUUUUUGCCAGUCCCCCUGUGUCCCGUGAAAAGCUGCUAUGGAGGGUGGAAGAGCCACUGGAACAAUGUGGGAGGAUGCACAGGGACUGCAAUGGGAAGGUGAAAUACAAUGAGCAGUGCCUCCCUCAGCCCCCUUUCCAAGAGUCACUGCUGGAUCUCAGUUCCAUUUGCGAACUGAAGGAUUAAUCUAGACCCAGGCCUUUUGUGGAUGAAUGUAUUCACAAGUGCAUAUUAUCUCUGAGUGGUCAGAAUAAUUAUUGGUACCAGUAAAUUCAUCAGUUCAUAGUUAACUUCAUGGCUAAUAAAAACUAUUUUUCUCUGCAGGAGUUUGCUGUAGAUCCAGAAAAGAUAUCAUUGUGCUCUUUAUAUCACUCACUCCAUCAUUACAAAUACCACAUGUUUCUGAGGUGUAAAGUUGAGGUCAGUUUUUAUCAAGUCGAUGAUAGCAAUUUUUUAGUUUUUUCUAUCUGAUUCUGUUACAUUUAUCUAUAAAUCUAGGAGUAGUUCAUAAAUUCUGAAAUAAAUAAAAAUCAUGCUGUGGAAGUUAUACUAGUUAUAAUACUAAGAUUUGUUGGUUACAGUAAUAUGGGGUUUUCAAGAGCUUUUGUGAGCAGGAAACAUUAAGGUUAUUCUGAAAGCUUCUUAAGUCAUUGAACAAUUUCUGUGGGUUGAAAUGAAUGCAGGUAGCUCAGACAAAAGGAAAAACUUGCCAAUUUUAUUUAUGGUAUUUAGUUACUUUUAUACAGGGUUGCAAUAGAAAAACACAAUCCAUACCAUAGUAACAAACAAAAUCAAUACUCCCUGCUGCCACACACACACAGAGUUUAAAAGACCAUAGAUUGUAUAAUUAGCCAAAGGCCUGAAAGAAGAGGAAUGUUUUUGCCUGGUGCCUAAAGAUAUAUAAUGAAGUGCCAGGCAAGCCUCCCUAGGGGAGCCACCACAGAAAUUCCCUAUUCUUGUGUUCCUGCCUCUGGGCCUCCUGUGACUGGGGCACGUGAAGAAGGGCCUCCGAUGAUGAUUGCAGGGUCCCAGUUGCUUCAUAGAGAGAGAAGCGGUCCUUGAGGUAGUAUAGUCUUAACUGUUUAAGGCUUUAUAGGUCAAAACCAACAGGUUGAAUUGGGCCCAGAAAAUCAUUGGCAGCCAAUGCAGUCGGGCUAGAUUGGUAUUAUAUGGUCAAACCAUCUUGCCCUGGUAAGCAACCUGGCCAAAGCCAAUGGAAGGCACUCUGCACCACUGAGGUCACCUGAGCCUCAAGCGACAGCAUUGGGCCCAGAAGUACUCGCAAGCUGCAUACCUGCAGGGAGUGUAAAGUCGUUAAAUAAUAUUGUAGGUUGUUCAUGAGUACAGAAACAGAGCUUCAGCCAAGGAACCUUCUUGGCUGUGUAAGGAAGUUCAUUAGUAUCAGUGCAUUGUAUUUUGUUUAUGAGGUUGUCCCUUGGUCACAGGUGGUUUGUGGGUGGCUGAAUAAAUCCACUAAAACAUAAGACCUCUGACUUCUGAGAGUAUUGAGAAUGAAUAGAUACCUGCAAACUAAUCUCCUGCUUCCAUUGCUCCUCAAUAGAUUUCUUCCGUUCAAAAGAAGAGUGCAGAUCUAGGCCAGGAGGAGAUUGUACAGCAAUGCAUGAAAAAUAUGAAAUGGGUAGAAGACCUCUUUGAGAAGUUUGGUGAACUUUUGAAUCAUGUACAGCAGAAAUGUUUAUAA